UGUUAUAUCCAGUUUUGCAGCAAUUCCUCUCCAUUCCCCCGAAAAACAAUAACAAGCUCUUCAGCCACCCCUUAACUUCCUCCCCCAACUCACCCACCAUGCUGAAUUACAUUCUUUGGUUUGUAAGCCAUUUGAAAUUGGCCUGGAACUUGCUGCUUAACUAUUCCUUGUUCCCCAACUACAACCAGGAGCAACAGCUGCAGCUCUUUCCAGGCGUUGCUGAGAAACUUGGCCUAGUCACAUACAAGUGCAAGCAGCAGCAAGGCUGCUUUGACGACGACCACGAAGAAGAAGAAGAAGCCUGUGCUGUGUGCCUAUGCAAGAUUGAAGAAGAUGAUGAGAUGAGAGAGCUGAGAUGUAAUCAUCUCUUUCACAAGGUUUGCUUGGAUAGAUGGCUCGGUUACAGCCAUUCCACGACUUGUCCCAUUUGCAGAACUUUCUUGACUCCUACUAAAGUAAUAGCCGGUGUUGAAGUGCUAACAUUCAACUACCGCACUUUCAGCCCCAACCACCGUGAUAACUGGUGGCUGCGCUAGUUGAUAACCUCAAUAAAUUUUCCCCGGCGGAGGGAAAUUUAGAAAUGUAAAAUAACUGUCGCUUUUUAUACUAUUUACGUUAUCUUAAAUAAAAUAUCCAAGUUAAUUUUCGGAAA